AUGUCAGACAAUGAGGACCCACAAAGUCCACUGCUUGUGCAUCAACAAUCGAACAAUAAUAUUAUCAAUGAUACAUCUUUCGAACCAGGAUCCCCACAAUUAAAUGUUGACAAGAAAGAAGAAGAGAAUGCUGCACUGGAAAUAUUCGAAGGCACUCGUCUCAAAUUUUUCCACACACUCGGAUUUCGAAAUAUACCACAAGCCAUUCAACAUUUGGAAAAUGAAGAGGAAAUUGUGUAUCUCGUCGGAAAACAUGUUUCAAUAUUUAAUUACGAAAAACGAACACAUACAUUUAUUUUGAAAAGUGGCAAUGUUUUGGAAAUUCACGCAUUUGCCAUAUCCUACAACCGAAAAUUUAUUGCAUUGAGUGAAUCAAUCAACUCUGCAGAUUCAAAACGAAAGAGUCAACAAAAUCUCAAUCAAACCAAAGAAAGUACAACAGAGUAUCAAAUAUCUGUUUACAACUUUCGAACUGCCAAACGAGCACGAGUACUCAAUGUAGUGGGAACAUCGGGCAAGCCUUCUCCAGUCAUUUCAAUGGCAUUCUCGCGAGAUGCCAAAUAUUUGACAGCAGUAACCGAUGAACCAGAUCAAUCUAUUUAUUUAUGGCAUUUAGAAAAGUCAAACAAAGUAUCAAGCAAAAAGAUUCCAUUCCGUGUGACUCAAAUCACCAUCAAUCCUUACUCACACUGGCAAAUGGCCACAACAGGUCCUGACGACAUGAAAAUUUGGCGUUUCACAGAAGGCGAAUUAAAGCAUAUUGACCCAAUUGGAAGUGACAAGUACACGUAUCGAUGUCACACAUGGUUUGAUGAUGAAAAACUACUUGUAGGUACAGAGGAAGGUCAAAUCCUUGUAAUCGAUGGAAAAAAUGUGGUCAAGACAUUUUCCAAUGUUCAUCCAAAUGCUUCGGGAAUUUUGUGUAUUGAGGCCAUUGAUCGAGGUUUUGUAUGUGCUGGUGAAAAUGGCUACUUUUCAGUAUUUGAAAGAACCUAUGACUCUGAAUAUUUUAAUCAUUACAAACGUUUCAGAACAUUAGAAAAACGAAAAAUUGUUUCAAUAUGCGUCUCUAGGAAAGAAAAUAACGUUAUUUGCUGCUACGAUGAUAACAAAUUUGCCUAUUUUUCUUUAACAAAUGUGGACAUUUUAAAAGAGAAUGACAAUAAUUUCACCUUAUUACCGAUUGGAUUUCAUGGUCAGCUCGUGCAGGGAUUAGCAACCUGUGUACAAAAACCUCUAAUGGUUACGUGCGGUUCAGAUCGAACUCUUAGAAUAUGGAAUUACAUGAAGAGACAAGUUGAACUGGAGAAAACUUUUGACGAAGAUAUUUAUUGUGUGACCAUGGAUCCAACAGGAACACGAAUUUUGAUAGGUUUUCGAUACAAACUAAGCUGCUUUGCCAUUCUUUCAAAAGACCUCUAUUUAUUACAUGAUUGGCAUGUCAAGAGUUGUAAAAUUGCCACCUUUUGCAAUGGAGGACAAUACUUUGCAUGUGUAUCUGCCACAUCCAUACUCAUCAUCUCUUCAUUAACCUUCCAAGUUGUAAAUACUUUGAGAGGACAUUCUGGAAUUAUCAAAUCGAUUGUUUGGGGAAAGGAUGACAUUCAUUUAGCAUCAGCAAGUUUUGAUGGAAGUAUUUGUCAGUGGGAUCUCGUUUCAGACAAGUUGCGAAUUUUUGAAAAUGUUGUCAAGACAUGCAACUUUCGAUGUGUUGCCUAUGAUCACAAAACGAAUACCUGUAGUGCCGUGGGAAAUGAUGGAAAUGUAUGGACCUUUAGAAAUGGAUCACUCUACAGCCAAAUACCGACACGAGAAGAUUUAACUUCAAUCAUUUACAGCUCGCACUCUGAAGUUGCAGUCAUUGGAACCACAAGUGGAAAAUUAUUACUGUAUUCAUGGCCUCCCGAAAAACCUGUAAACAACUCGGACAAGGCCCUUCUCGAAUAUGAAGUCCAUAAUGGUUCAGUGGUUUCACUCAUGCUUACCAGUGAUGAACGAUUCCUUUUUAGUUUGGGUUCUGACGAUACACUUUUCAUGCUCGAAUUGGACACUUGGAAAGAGGGAAAGCCAUUGCAAUUUAAGCAUUUUGAAUUUGACAAAUUCUAUGACUUGUAUUAUACAUUGAAAGCAAGUGAGGAAGAAAUUGAACAACAAAUUGUCGACUUGACAGAAAGGUCAAAACAAGCUCAUGAUGACCAUGAACGAAAAUUUGAGCAAUUAACCGAACAAUACACUCAAGAAAUGGAAAAACAGCGCAUUCAAUACACGAAUGAAAUUAAGGAACUCAAACGUGUCAAUAACCAACUCGUGCAACAACUCACAGAUCAAGACAUUUCUUUUAAGGAAAACUUGAACAAGGUAGAAUAUACACACCAAGAAGAAAUUGACAAGGAACGAAUCACUGCCGAGUCCAACGUUGCUGAAUGUAAAGCAAAAUAUGAAAAGGAAGUGGAAGGAUUGAAAGAAAAAUUGGCCUACUUUGUCGACUUGGUAAAAGUCAUGACAGAAAAACAUGAAGAGGAAAUUGAAAAACUCAAACAAGAAUACGAAGAAGAAAAACUUCAACUAGUAGAGACGUAUGACAAUUUGAGUCAAGAUUUUAAACAACUUUCGAGUGUGUAUCAAUCAACCGUACAACAAGGAGAGGAAGAUUUUGACACACAACUCAAACGAGUGAAAACAUCUCUCAUUCAUACCAUUGAAAAACACAAACAAUCUGUGAUUGAGGCCAAAGGUGAAGCUGUCAAAAAAGGAACCAAAGUUGAAGAACUCAAGAAGGAAAUUGUUGCUCUCAAAAAUAAGAUUGCCAAACAAGAAGAGAAAAUCCAUCAAUUAGAAAAGAAGCAUGAUGAAUAUCGUACCACCAUAGAUACUCUUCAGGUCGAUAAGAAGAAACAAGAAGAUGCAAUUUUAAUGCAAGAACGUGACAAGAAAGACCUCUUCCGUCAAGCCAAAGAAUUAGAACAAAUGAGAUAUGUUCUUACAUUUAAGUUUAACAAACUCAAGAAUGAAGUGUCACCAAAAGAGAAUCUCAUUUCUGAAUUGAGAGAAGAUUUGAAAAAUAUUGAAAAGGAACUCUUGCAAGCCAAGAUUGAAAAUGACAAUUUGCAAUCACAAAUUGCUCAAAAGAAUGAAAAAAUUGAAGUCAUUCAAUCCGAAUCUGUGAAACUGAAACAAACUGUCGAUGACAAGACACGUGUACUCGUGUUAUUAAUUCAAGAAUUGUCCAACUUGACAAGUAAUGGAGAUUCCAAACUCACCAAUGUCCAUCUCAAGAAAAUUGUUUCUCGUUACAACACCAUUCUCACGAAGGGAAUUAAAGCAAAUAAUCAAGGAGAGAAAUUACGAGACACGAUUGAGGAAUUUGAGAGACAACGAGGAUUUUUGGAACAAACAAUUUCAGGUAUGAAGAGAACACUCUCCACACGUGAAGAUCAUUUGAAGGGUGAUUUAGUUCGAAAGAAUAAUGAGAAUUCUGUCCUUGUCGAAGAAAUUAAUCAAUUACGAAAGGAUCAAAAACAGUACAAACAACGAAUUAUUUCACUCGAAUAUCAAUUGAAGAAUGCAUUACAUUUCCAACAACAGCAACAGUUGCAACAACAAGGAAAGGAGUUUAAUACUUCAACGGCAGCAUCGACCAUUUCAUCAGCAAGAUCGAGACGUGCAGGUAGUGCAACUUCGGUGCGCUCCUCUCUCAAUAGAAUUCGAACACCUGAUACAUACUUUGUGCCGAUUAAUAAUGGUACUACAAUUCCAGGUUCUGGAUCAUCAUCGGAUAAUACCAUUACUGGUCUCGACCGAAAGAAAGUUGCAGAGUUUGUGGAUAGUUUGGAAAAGAAUAACAAACGUUUCGAGCAACAGCAACAAGAAAUUGACAAGCUCAAAAAUUAUGUUCAAAAUUUGUUGGAAACAGAGGAAAAUAUUAACAUGCAAGAUAUGAUAGAAACCAUACAGACACCGUCCGUGACACCAACCAUGGUCAUUGAGAGCAGAUCGAGCUCUUCAACCACGAAUGCUGCCAGUAGCACUCCAGCAACCACAACAAAAUUGGCCCCCAUUAAGCUCAACAAGAAUGCAUGA